CUCUCAGGGGGUGAGAAGCGCCGGGAGAGCCUGCAGUCACCCCGUUUUGACUACUACGGGGCUGAGCCCGCCGCACUGGACCUCAGUGAUGCUGAGCUGCCCCAUGUCAUCGAGAUCUAUGAUUUCCCUUCGGACUUCCGCACCGAGGACCUGCUGCGUGUCUUCUGCAGCUAUCAGAAGAAAGGCUUUGAUAUUAAGUGGGUGGACGAUACGCAUGCCCUGGGCAUCUUCUCCAGCCCCAUAGCAGCACGCGAUGCCCUCAGCACCAAACACCUGAUGGUGAAGACGCGCCCGCUCUCCCAGGCCACCCGUGCCUCUAAAGCCAAAGCCAGGGCAUAUGCCGACUACCUGCAGCCAGCCAAAGAGCGCCCCGAAACAUCGGCCGCCCUGGCCAGGCGACUGGUGAUCGGUGCCCUGGGAGUACGCAGCAACCAGACACGAGCCCAGCGAGAUGCUGAGCGGAGGAAGCUGCAAGAAGCCCGAGAGAGGAAGCGCUUGGAGAACAAGCAACGGGAGGAUGCCUGGGAGGGCCGGGAUUGA